GAGAAACAUAUGCAUGAAUUAGAAGACAUGAGGAAAGCUGGACAUGAAGCCCUGAGUAUUAUUGUGGAAGAAUUCAAGGCAUUGCUGCAGUCUGCAGUUCAGCAGCAAGAAACAGCCAUUGAAAAACAGUAUAUCUCUGCAAUUGAAAAACACUCACACAAGUGUGAGGAACUACUUAAUGCUCAGCACCAGAGACUCCUUGGAAUGCUGGAAAUAGAGAAAGAAAUGUUAGCUGAAAGGGUAGAAGAAGCUUUGAUGCAAGAAUCACAAAAACAUAAGGAAGUACUGGAAAAAUGUUUGGAUGAAGAAAGGAAAAGAAGUAAAGAGGCUCUGGCAGCUGCUGCAAAGACUGAAAAAGAAGCAAUGCAGGAGGCCAUUUUAAAAGCAGUUGAAGAAGAAAGAAAAAACAUGGAGAAAAUGCAUGCAGAGGAAAGAGAAAUAUGGCAGGCAGAACGUACCAAGGACAAAGAGAAGAUUGCUCAAGCUGUUGAGGAGGCCAUGCAGGAGCAGAGAAAAAGCAGUCAAGAGGUUGUUAAAGCAGCAAUAAUGGAAGAGCAGAAACGAAGUGAAAAGGCUGUGGAAGAAGCUGUAAAAAGAACAAGAGAAGAAUUAAUGGAAUAUAUCAAAGAGCAGAAACGGCUCGAUCAAGUUACUCGUCAGCGUAGCCUGUCCAGUUUGGAACUGUUCCUGUCAUGUGCACAGAAACAAUUAAGCACUUUAUUAAAGGAAGAACCAGUCACAGCAGAGCAAAAGAAAGAAACUGAUGCUUUAAGCAAAACUGGUGCUGUUUGAUUUGUGAUUGCUACUUCUAGAUCUCUUUUUUAUUAUAAAAUAUUCAGGGUUGUUUGAAGAUUGAACUGGAAAAAUGUUUAGUCAAAAAUUUCUUUGGGAGACUUAAUUUGAUUUUUUUCUUAUUAAUAUCAUUAGUUUGCAAUACCGGAAAAAAGAAAAUCAGUGGAGAAGUUUUAAACUAUGCACAUGUUGUCAUCCUUGUAGUCUCCAGGGCCUAUUACUGAUAUUUUAGGCAAUAUAAUGAGGAUAAUAAAAUUGCAUCAUUAGAGAUAUUUACAAGAUGUCAGCAUGUCUGUGUAAUUUAUUAAUAUUUCACCACACACAUGCAUGUACAUACACACGCACCACAGAGGUUCAGAAUAUAGGCCCUGAUUCAACAAACCUCUUAAUUAACUAUGCAUGUAAAUCCAUCCUGUCCUCUUAGUACAUUCUCAAGUGCCCUGCUAAACUAGGCCUUAGGAAAUGUGUUUGGAUGCAUAAAAGAGCUAGCUAGCAAUACCAAAUUGUAACAGUGCUGCUGAACAUUUUGUAACUGUUUACAGACAUCAUAGUUUCUAGAAAUGAAAAUGUUUAAAUACCAACACUACAUCUUUUUACACUGCUGCAAAAAAUCUUGAAGUUAUAUGUAUUGCAGGCACUAACUUGUGAUAUAUAUUGUUUCUGUUCUUCAAAGCUACUAUGAUUCCAGAAACAAUUUUUGUUUUUCUUAAACAAAGUAAGACUUCUGUAACCAACCCUAUUCAUAACUGGAUUCAUUAAAACAUACAGGGGUCAAUGCUGCACUGCUUCCUCCAGCGUGACUCCAUCUGCCCUUGGUGAAACUCCCACCUAUGUAAGGAGGCCAAAAUGGUGUGACCAUAAGUGUCUGUGAUUCAAAACCCAUGGAUGUGAGUGGUAACACUCCCAAUAAUACUAUAAUGUCCUUUUGAUCUGGUAUUAAGUUUUGAUCUUGCAACUGACAGCAUGAAAGUGAAGUUAUGCCUGCACGCUAUUGAUUGUAGGAUUGGGGCCUUAGUUUAGAAGAUUUUAGAUUCAAAUCAAGAAAAUGAGUAUUUUGCUCAUAGUCAUGAAUGUAACUAAAUUGUGAAUGAUCGCUCCUGUAAUAAGUUUGUGCCUCCACAGGGAAUUGUGGGCAUUUGUUUUGUGCAAGUUUAUUGUAUACAGACAUACUUCACUUUUGACAUGCCAUUAGUAGUCUGUUUCAUUUUACAUUAAAGACUUUGCUUUUCAUACAUACUAGACUUUCAAAUAAAGGAAACUCCAAAUGUGGUAAA